AUGCCGCAAACCCUGAGCACGAGAGAGGCCAACCUCUUUCGUACCGUCAUCCGCCACUAUGAGGAGAAGCAGUACAAGCGCGGCUUGAAGGCCGCCGAGCAGAUUCUCAAGAAGAACCCCCGCCAUGGUGACACCAUGUCCAUGAAGGCCUUGAUCAUGAACUCGCAGGGCAAGACCGAGGAGGCCUUUGCCCUUGCCAAGGAGGCUCUCACCAUCGACAUGAAGUCCCACAUCUGCUGGCACGUCUACGGCAUCCUCUACCGCCAGCACAAGAACUUUGACGAGGCCAUCAAGGCCUACAAGUUCGCCCUCAAGCUCGAGCCCGAGUCCCAACAGAUCCAGCGCGACCUCGCCGUCCUCCAGGUCCAGAUCCGCGACUACCAGGGCUACGUCCAGAGCAGGUUCGCCAUGCUCAAGGCCAAGCCCCAUCUCCGCCAGAACUGGACCGCCCUUGCGAUCGCCUACCAGCUCGAAGGCAGCCUCGAACAGGCCGAGAACAUCCUCACCACCUACGAAAAGUCCAUGACCAACGUUCCCCUCAAGACCGACCAGGAGCACUCCGAGGCUCUCCUCUACAAGAACACCAUUAUUGCCGAGCGCGGCGACAUUCAGCGGGCGCUCGAGCACCUCGAUUCCGACUGCAAGAACUGCCUGGACAGGUUGGCCGUUAUGGAGAUGCGGGCGCGCUAUUUGAGUCAGCUCAACAGGAAAGAGGAGGCGGCGAAGGCGUGGCGGGCACUGCUGGACAGGAACCCCGAGCACCCCGAGUACUACGAGGGUCUGAUCGAGGCUUUGGAGAUUGAUGAGAAGGACGAGGCUGGCCUCAAGGCCAUCUACGACGAGUAUGCUGCCAAGUACCCUCGCUCGGAUGCCGCCAAGAGGUUGCCUCUCAACUUCCUCACUGGCGAUAGCUUCAAGGCUGCUGCCAAGAGCUAUCUGACCAACAUGUUGGAUAGGGGUGUGCCUUCGGUGUUCGCCAACCUGAAGCACCUCUACUCUGAUGUUGCCAAGAAGGAGGCCGUCCUCGCCCUUGCCGAGGAGUAUCUGAAGGAGCACAAGGGGUCUGAGCAAGCGAACGGCGACAGCUCCAAGGGUGUCGGUGCUGCUCUCUACUUCCUGGCGCAACAUUACAACUACCACCUCAGCCGCGACCUUGCCAAGGCCAUGGAGUACGUUGAGCAGGCUAUCGAGCUCGAUCCCAAGAACGUCGACUUCCACAUGACCAAGGCUAGGAUAUUCAAGCACCAGGGCGAUACCGCCAAGGCCUCCGAGGCAAUGGAGAAUGCCCGUAAGCUCGAUACCAAGGAUCGUUACAUCAACUCCAAGGCCGCUAAGUACCAGCUACGGAACAACGAGAACGAGAAGGCUCUCGAGACCAUGGGUCUUUUCACCAGGGCUGAGACCGUUGGCGGACCCCUCGCUGACUUGACCGACAUGCAGUGCAUGUGGUUCUUGACUGAGGACGGUGAGGCCUGGCAACGGCGUGGCAACACCGGCUUGGCGCUCAAGCGUUUCACCACCAUCCACAACAUUUUUGACAUCUGGCAAGAGGACCAGUUCGAUUUCCAUAGCUUCUCCCUCCGCAAGGGUCAGAUCCGUGCCUAUGUUGACAUGAUCCGCUGGGAGGACAGCAUCCGCGAGCACCCCUUCUACUUCCGCGCUGCUCUUGACGCUGUCAAGCUGUACCUCGACAUGUUUGAGAAGCAGCAGGCUGCUGCCAAUGCCACCAGCGGCACUGGUGAGGCUACCAACGGAGAUGAUGCCGCCGAGAAGAAGAAGGCUGCCAAGAAGGCCCGCAAGGAGGCUCAGAAGGCCGAGCGCGAGGCGGCUGAGAAGGCUGCCAAGCAGGAUCCCAAUAAGGCGACGGCCAAGAAGGACGAGGAACCUAAGAAGAAGGACGACGACCCCAACGGCCUCAAGCUCGCUGCCACAACGGAUCCUUUGGGCGAGGCCAUGAAGUUCCUCAACAACAUCUUGCAGUUCAGCCCCAAGAACAUUGAGGGCCAAAUUGCUGGAUUCGAUGUUUACCUCCGCAGGAAGAAGUACCUUCUUGCGCUGCGCUGCUUGAACGCGGCCCAGGCGCUCAACGCCGAGCAUCCCCGUGUUAAGGAGCAGUUUGCUGAGCUUCAGAAGGCGGUUGAGUCUCUUGACGAUGCUCAGUCGGCCAAGGUCAAGGAAGUGCUCAAGGCCAAGUUCAGCUCUUAG